UGACAGGUGGUGACCUGAAAGUGUUUAUGUGGCGAUUGGAAUCUUGGCAUAUUAUUUCUUAUCAUAAUCAUUAGAACUUCGGCAAAAUGCUCCUAUUGGUUUUAAACUACUUCUUAUAAGUAAUUUAAUGGUUCUGUUUUGGUUUUGUACGUAAUUUUCAUGUAGAGUUGUUGUACUGUUGUUAUUACGAUGGAAGAUCGCGCAGCUAAAUUAGCGUUAGCACGAAAAAAGCUUAAAGACCAUCAAGAUAAGAAAUCAAUUGGUGGUCAAAAAGAGGAAAUAUAUAAAUCUGAAAAACCUGAAGCCUGUAUUAUAGGUAACAAUGAAUCCUUGAAUACAGUAGUAAAAAACGAUGAGGAAUUAGUCUCUCAAAACAUUCAAAGCACACAAGAAAUACAAAACCCUAUUUUAGAAACGAAUAAAAAUAACUAUUCGUCUUCUGCCUUCACUAACGCAGACAAUUUAACAAAAAAUGCUGAUGUCACUCAAAGUAACAAAAUUCCAGAACCCGAAUUGAAUAUAACUGAAAUUUUAAUUUCAAAUAAAAGAAACCUAGAAUCACAAGUUCAUCAUUUACAGUCAUCGCUAGAACAGUUAGAACAGAAAAAUACUAUGAUAGUAAAUGAUUAUAAAAUAUGCAAUCAAAAACUAAAAGACUUGGAAUAUGAAAUAAAUAAUAUCAAUGGCAAAUAUAUAAAAGCAACGGAGGAAAUAACUGUAAAAAAUGCGAAACUGAAUGAACUUAAUUCUCUUCAAUUAACUUUAUCUGAGCAAAAUAGUAAUUUGGCUGAACAAUUAGAAUUUACAAGAAACGUCUUACAUUCCAAAGAGACAGAAAGUGAUGCACUCCAUAAGCAAUUGGCAAACCUCCAAAGUCAAUAUGAUGUCAUACACUUGCAGUUACAACAACUAACUAAUGGCUCACCAUUUACUCCACCGGCCGAAAAGGCUGAAAAUGAUGAGAAAACACAAGUUAUGUCACAAAAAAUAUCAUAUCUAGAGCAGCAAUUGACUUCUUUGCAAAAAGAAAGAGAUCAAAUCAAUUUACAUUAUGAACACUAUGUUGCUGAAUUAAAUGAACAAUUAAGCACAUUAAUAAAAAAAAAUGAGGAACUUACGCGCAGUGUUGAAAAUUUGUCAAACAGGGAGAACAGUUUAAUUGAACAAAUAAGUGACAUGGAAAUAAGGAUUCAAAAUUAUAAUUUAGAUAAAAAAAAUUUUGAAGUGGAUCGUACUACUACAACCAUCAAGGAUCUGCAGGAUAAUUUGACGAAAGCUAUGGAUGAUCUUAACGAAUUGAGAAAAAAGCAUGAAUAUCUUCAAAGUCAAUACGCAGAAAGUGUUGCCAAAGUUCAAGAACUCUCGGAAGUAAAAGAACCAGAAUGUAAUCACGAUAAUAUUAGCCUUUCUAAGUUGAAUGCUGAUAUGACAAGUGAUAAAGUUGCAGCUCAAAGGGCUACUGAACAAAAUAAACAGUUAAAGCAAGAUAUCCAGCGCUUAGAAGAUGCAUUUGUGAAAAUGAGCAAAGAUAAAUUGGAACUAACAGAGAAAAUUACAGCUGAGAAGUAUCUGAACAGAGAGCUUACGAUUAAAUUAUCUGAAGUAGAGGAAAAAGCAAAAGAUAUGCAAAUUAAGUUGAAAGCCAAAGAUGAAGAAAUGAUGAGGUUGCAAUCGAACUAUCGAGAAAUUCAAGAGCAAUAUGACAAUUUAAUGAGUUUAGAUAGAAAUGUAAACACAAUACCAUCAGAAGAAGAAAAACCAGUUCCUGAAAUAAAUACUGGUAUUAGUGAAUCAGAUACACAUUCUAUAACAGACACAGACUGCAAACAGUUGUUGCAAGAAACAAAUGCAAGAAAUGAACACACCAAUAGUCUCCAACGAGCAGACGCGAUGGUCAAACUUCAAGACCGUUUCCUUAAAAUAAUGGCCGAAGUAGCUGACUUAUCUGAUGAGAAACACAGGUUGGAACAUAUAAUUUUACAGCUACAAAACGAAACUGAUACCAUUUGUGAAUAUGUAGCGUUAUACCAACAACAAAGGAGUUUGUUAAAACGGCGCGACGAAGAGCGAAGUGCGCAAUUAAAAGUUUUUCAACAAGAAUGUGGAAAACUCAAAAGUGAAUUAGACGAACUUAGUGGCCUCCUUAUUCGGUUUGCUGAAGAUAAAGAAUUAUCGUCCUAUUUCAUAACCGAGUCGAAACGAAAUGAUAUGGAAAGGGUAAUGACCUUACUCACCAAUCUUAAAAAUAACUCUUUAAUUGAUAUCAAUAAAAAAAAUAUAGAGUUUAAGAACUUUUAUCCUUGUAACUGUUGCUCCGGACAACUAAUUGAUGUAUAGAAAUAACAUAAAUUACAAAUAAUUUAUACCAGCAUAAAAUUAAGUACCUACCUAAGUAUUUUAAUUUACUUAUUAAAAAACUGAAAGUAUAUAGCAUAAUGUGGAAUGUUAUUUAAAACUCAAUGAAAUAUACCUCUAAAAUAUGGUAGGCACAUAUUUUAUUAACCCUUUAACCGCCUACGCCGGAUUACAAGUUUGGGAGAGCCAAGUUUCGGCACUAAUGGGUCGGCUCGACCGGAGUGAUACCAUGGACUCACAGAAUACCGGCGUGAAACAACCUACAGUGUUGUGUUUCGCCGUGUGAGUGAGCUUACCGGAGGCUCAACCCCUUCCCUUCACGAUUCAUAUAUCCGCAACCCCUAUCCCCAAAAGGCCGGCAACACACUCGUAACUCCUUGAGUGUUGCGGGUGUCCAUGGGCGGCGCGGCGCCGAUUGCUUACCACCAGGUAGGUAAUCCGUCUGCUCGUUUGCCGACAUAUACCAUAAAAAAAAUUGAUCCGACAAAUAUUUUCGGGCCUUGAUGUGCAACGCCCAUGACGACAAAAUCCGACCUGAGGGACGGGACAUAUGCCAAAAUUUACCGAUACAAAAAUAAACAUAAAAUAAUUCACGUUAUAGGUACUGACUAAUUAACUUUAAAACGAAUGCAGCAAUUGUUAAUUACACAUAUUUUUACAAUUUUUUGGGAGAAUUUCAUUUAAUUCCUUUAAAAUUAAGUUUUACUAAUGAAAUUUCAGCG